AUAUAUGUAGAAUUCAAUUUUUAAUGUUUUCGAUUAAAACAAAAAAUAUUAUAUAUUUUCUUGAAAAAAAUCAUUCUAUUUAAAAAAAAAAAAUUGUACAAUAAGGCAACGACCCAAUGUGGCAGCGGAAGGUUAAUAAUAAUGAUUUUAAUUGAAAUUAUCAAAUUGACAACUACAAUACUAGGCACGAACGCGGCUUAUUCGCAUUUGCGCAGGUGAAUAGUCAGGAGUUUCUUAUUAACAUCUCGAAAGCCAGUCACGCUAACGUUUGAGUUUAGGUCGGGUCGUGUAAAUUCGAUGGAACAGUCAGGGUUAGUAUUUCUUUGUGGUCAAGAGAAUUGAUACACAUUUUCCAUUCAGUUGGAUUAAGUAUAAACAUCGUCGAUCGAAGAAUACCAAGGAUGCGAUGGGUGAGGGUGAGAGGGACCGUCUCAGCAAAAGGCAAAAGUCUUCCUAUGGAAUUGACAAAUCAUCCUCGGAUACAGAGUUAGCGCGUGGAAAAAAUAAAAAUCGCCGACAAAAAAGCAAGGAAAAAUGGCCCUUCGUCGAAGGUAUUUCGGUCGAUGAACUUGCUCGAUUUCGAAGGAAAAAAAUUAAGGAUCAACCAAAAGACACAUUAGGAUUGAGUCCAACGGAGGAAUUAUCACCAAAUAUUGUUACGGAAUAUCGACGAGCUUUUUGUGCCGAUCCUGAUGACACAUUCGACUCAAACAAGAGCACUUUGAGGACUAAAAGAUCUGAAAACAAUUUGCAACCGGAUGAAUUACGAAAUACUCAGGAACCUAUAGAGAACCAAAGUCAGUUAGAAAGCAAUUCAAAUAACCCAGAACAACUGCCAAGCAAUUUAUCUUUAACUGAUGGCCAAGGAAUUAUGGAGACUGAAGUAGAUACCUCAAAAUUAAAUGCAAAUCUUAUAAAAAGUUCCCUGAAAAAAACGCGUGAAGAAAAUUUUUACACAAACACUGAAAAUUCAUUAUUCAUACCGCACGAAGGUUUUCACAGACCAGAAUUAAUGAGAAGACCAACAUCAUUGAAAAUGGAAGGUGAUAUGGAAACAAUGACGGAAAAAUGUGAAAAAUUCAUUGAAUGGCUUAAUGUCAGUCGACCUGAACUUAUUAGAUUGCCAACACAUUUAAAACUUGAGGGAGAUCUUGAAACAACGACUGAAUGUCAUGAUAGUUAUAUUCCAUUUGUUGGCGUUAAACGGCCGGAAUUAUUGAAACAAACUUCACAUUUGAAAUUAGAGGGAGAAGCUAGAUUUCUUCCUGAAUAUUCUGCAGUGUUUAAGGAAUAUGAUUUUGCGGGGAGACCAAGUUUAAAAAAACCAGAAUCAAAUCUAAGAGCAGGUGGUGAUUUUUAUCAAUCAACUGAAGCUAAUCAACAAUUUAUGAGUCCCCGUUCAAAAGAUGUUCAAUUGAUGGCAGAAUUGGUAAAAGAUUUAGAAGACAAGGAAAAUAAAAUGAGAGACAGUGAAAAAGACGAGGAGAAAAUACACAAAAAAGAAGAAAUGAAAAUGUUAGUGUCAAAAUUGGAAGAUCUUAAGGGACCACCUCUAGAAAUUCCUGAAUAUAAAGCUGCGUACAAGGACUUCCCAAGAGAGAGACCAAAAUUAUUAAAGCCAGAAGAUGAAAUUGGAAGAGCAGAUGGUUCAAAAAUAGCAUCAUCACCCGUGCACAUAAAAUUCUCAUCGAAAAUCGAUCAAGAUCCAGAAUAUAAAUCAAUAUAUCUUGAUUUAUCACGUGAACGACCACUUUAUCGUAAACCACCAUUAUCAUUAAGACCAUCAGUUAUAUUGUCUUCCGGACGGACAAGUGCAAAUGCAAGCAGAAUGAGCUUCCACGAACCAAAACGUCAUCAUGAUCUUGAGCCAACAAGUGAGGUCAGAUCACAAUAUAUAUCAUAUGGUCAAAUACCAAGAGUUGAAACAUUAAGAAUGCCAGCAAAUUUACGUUUAGAGGGAAAUUUAGAUCUUGAACCUGAAUAUAAAAAUGCUUAUUGUUCGAGGCCAAGUCUUAAUGUUUUUAAUGAGCCACGAAUGCAUCGACAUCGUGAACGUAGUCUCAGUGCUUCCAGAAAAAAAGAUAAUUAUUGGGUGAAUAAUAAUAAUAGUGAGCAAUUUGGAAGAAUUAAUGCUGCCGAUGAUCAGGAUGCAUUUCAAAUUUUAAGCACUCGAGUUCACGAAGAGAGCAUUGUAGGAAAACCACCUUCCGGUAGUAGAAGAGGAUCCAGAGCAUCAUUAGUUCCAAGACCCUCAAUAGAUGUUGCAGAUCAUUCUAUUAUGCGAAAUCGAUCGCCAAGUCCAACAUAUCGUCUUCACGUGUGUAAUGUCGAUGUAGAACCAAAGGGUUUUAAUCGACGAAAAAGAUCACCGUCCCUACCGUCUUCCGAGAAGAUAAAUGUCACAACGACGCACGAUAUUGAUGAUAUUGAUGAUUGUCAAAGGCCAUAUUCUCCAAGUUUUGCUAAGGAUUCAAGACGUUACAGUGACAAUAAUCAAGCGUUUGUUGUAUUAGAUCAUGACAUUAAUGACAGUCCUAAAAUAAAUAAUAAUAAUAUUAACAAUAUUAAUAAUGCAAAUGAAACACGUAGAAGAAGAACUGAUAGCAAUUUUACUGUUGAUAGUUUAAGUUCUGUAAUGCCAAGAGGAAGGCCUAGAAAUAAAACACCUCCAAAUUGGAUGCCUCCUUGGUAUGACAGUUCUAGUUCAAUUAUUGAAAAAUAAAUUUCAAAGAAAAAAUAAAAAUUUUUCAUGCGAUAGAAUUUUUUUCUAAAAAUUAAGGUUUUCUGAACAGAAUAAACAAAAAUUUAGUACUACAGGAUCAAUUAAUAUUUCACCUAAACUCUUUACGGACUAUUUUUGGAAAAAUCUUAUAAUUCAUAAUAAUUGUUUUUUAUAUCCGUACAAAAUUAUUUAAUACAAUUUUUGUAUAUUUACAAAUUUUUUUUUUUUUUUUCAUUUAUUAGCAAGUGAAACUUCAAAAGAAGUUUAUUUCAACUGAACAUUAAUUUACAUACAUAAACAUAAUUAUCAUUAAAAGAACAAACUUUCUUUGCAAAUCAAAAAUUUCACACUGCCAUAUAAUAUGGUUUAGAUUUUCAGAUUCAUAGAUUCAUAGCAAUAAUUAAAAUCAACUUAAUUUAAAUCAUAAUUUAAUCAAAUUAAAUCGAAGGGUUUAUUUGUUAUUAAAUAAUUGUCAAAAAUGAAUUGUACGGAUAUCAAAAAUGAUUCUUGCGAAUACACAAGAAUUUUCUAAAAAUAGUACGCAAUGACUUUAGUUGAAAUAUAAUAGACUGACCAGGUGGGUAUAAAUAAAUUAUAGGUAUAUUGUUAAGUUUUAUUAAAAAUUUUAGUCAAAAAAAAAUCAAAAACUUUGGUUUAGUGUGUACCUAAAUUAUUCAUGAAAUUUUUAAAUGAAAUUUUAAUUUCAAGAAAAUUGUUAUGACAUAUUUUAAAUUUAAUUACACGGAGAGAAAAAUUAGGUUGUGUGGACUGGAGACUUAAGUUAAAACUACUUGAGUGACUCAAGUAACGAUGCCUACAGUUAAAGCAAAAUUGGUCGCACGGUAGUUUUGACAGUGCGGUCCCAAAUAGUAUUAAUGUGCCACAUGUGCCAUUAAAAAGUGAUAUUUCCAUUCAUUUAAACAGUUGAGGUUAUUCGUGUAACAAGUAAUAUCAAUAUGUUAAUUUCAAUAGCGAAUUCAAGAAAAAAAUUAUGCCAAUUUAUUUAUUUGUAAAAUAUUUAAAUAAAAAUUUUGCACUUCGAAACUUACAAAUUUGUCAUUUAUCGUAUUCGAAGUGUGUUAUGGUUUGCUGACAAAAUAAUUAAAUACUUAUUAAUGAAUGCGUUCACAAAAGUAAUGUAAAAAACACUGUAAAAAGAAAGGUACUAAUUUAGUACCAAUUUUUGUACUAAACCGUAAUUUGGUUCGAUUUUAAUACCGAAAUCAGCUCUAAUUUAGAACUUUUUUUUAAAGUGAAUAAUUAAUAUACGCUUUAAAUGUUGAAAUACGACUACGCAAUGUCCUAACUUUUUAUUAUAUGUAUAACGAGAAAAGUGUCUAAAACUGAAAAUUCAACACACAACAUAACUUCAAAAAGUGUUUCUUUUUAUUUUUACAUAAUUUUUCAGUUAAUUUUGAAAAACCUUUGGAUUCAGAAUUGCUUAAAAACUAUAUUGUGGACCUUAUUAUUUCCUUUAAAUCAUCAAAAAAAUGUUAAUAUUUGAAAUUUUUUUAAAAAUCAAAUCUAACCUAGAAAAAAUUAAUAAAUAUAAUAUUCUAUUAAUAUGCGUGUGUGAAUAGCGCCACGCUGCCAAGAAAAGCUGAUUGGUCAAACCGUCUGUCGGUAUUAUUUGAGAACAUUAUAGCCUUAACUUGAUAGCCAAGUCAAAUCUACCGUGCUCUCCAGUUACAAAUGCCUUGUUUAAUAAAAUUGGACCAACGACUUGAAACAAAGCAGUUAUCACCUAAUUUUUCUCUCCGUGUAAAGUCCAAUGAAUAGUUUCUUAAAUAUUAAGGGGAGGGACCGCUGAAAUUUCAUUUUUUUUUCAGUUAAUAUUGAGUAUUUAAAACUGUAAUAUACUAUGGGAAAUUGAUAAACAAUUAAUUUAUUAAUAAUUUUUAAAAUAAAACUCGAAAUUUUCAAUAAUUAAAAAUUUAAACUUCUGUCACAAUUUUUAUUAUUUUUCAUUGUUUAUUUUUUAAUACACUUUUUUCAAGAUUCUGAACAAUCAAUCGUAUGGAUUUUGAAAAAAUUCAAUUUUUUCAAAAAUAAAAUUUUUGAAAAAUAUGAAAAAAAAUGUAAAAUUUGUUAAA